UCCACCAUGGUUCCAGCACGGACUUGCCUCCGAUUCCUCCCUCCGCCGCCACCUACUACCAACGCUGCCCAGCCCGACGCCGCCGCAGUCGUCGUCCCGCUCGCCGGAUCCAGUGAGGAGGACCGCAUUAGCCAGCUCCCUGAGGAUAUCCAGCGGACAAUCGUCUCCAAGCUACCCGUCAAAGACGGAGGCGCCACCGUCGUGCUUUCCUCUAGCUGGCGCUCGAUCUGGUCCUCGAUCCCGCUCGUCCUCGACGAUGUCCAGCUCCGGCCCGCCGGAGUGGACGAGCUCGUGGACGACGACGAGGACACGGAACUUAUCGAGGACAUAUCAAGGGACGUGGUCUGGGACAAGGUCACGGCAAUCCUUCGGAGCCACCCGGGCCCCUUCCGGUUGGUCCGCCUCACCUCGUCCCCGGCGAGCUCACUCAGGGCGUGGCUCCGGAUCAUGGCCGCCAAGGGCGUGGAGGAGCUGGUCGUCCUCAACUGUGAGUGGCCGACAGCCAUGAUGGUCCUCUCCGUCGAGCUCCUCCGGUGCCAAUCCCUAAAGCGCCUGCACCUGGCGCUCUCCCAGAUGCCGCACCUACCGGUGCCCGGCAGGCCGGGGCACCGGCGCGCUGUUCAUUUUCCCAACCUGGAGCAGCUCGUCCUGUGCCACGCGUUCGUGCCAGAAACUGACAUCCGUGACUUCCUCGCCGGCUGCCCGGUGCUCAAGAUGCUGGCUUUCAUCGAAGGCAGCGGGGUGCCGCCGUACCUCGACGUCCUAUGCCCCAGGCUCGAGUGCUUGCUGCUCUGGCAGUUCAAGCCGCUGAAGCUCACCGUGGACGCGCCGCGCAUUGAGCGUGUCAUUCUGUGGCGAACCAACCAGUUCUUCGUCCCUCCACGGACGAGGAUAAUAGUAAGAGGAGCCCCCAACCUUCGGAUUCUUGGCUACCUGGAUCCCAGACUCCAUAUCCUCGAGAGCGGGGACACGGUCAUCAAGGUGGGGACAAGGCCCAAACCGGACGUUAUGCUUCCUAGCGUUGAGAUCUUGGCAAUAAAGAUACGGUUUGGAGUACGGGAGGACGAAAGGACGCUCGUAGCUUACCUCAGAGUUUUUCCUAAUAUUAGAACCUUGCACAUCCAGUCUGCACCGGCUCCACUUCGUCGUGCAGAUGAUGAGCGUGGUCCCGAUUUCUGGAACAAUGACAUUUUCAGUCUCAUCACCUGCAUUUCAAAAAUAAAGAAAUUUUCAUUUUACCACUUCCAUGGUAUGGACAACAACAGCGAGCUCUCGUUCAUUAAAAGCAUUGCACAGACAUGUACCUUGCUGGAGCAUAUGCGUAUUACCAUCAGUGGAAGUAUUAUGGAACCGCCCAGUUUGUUGAAGGCUAGAUUAAUGAACUCUAUGUCUGAGGUUAAAUGGGCUAGUGAAGAAAGUACAUUGGAUAUCAUCACCGGUAAUCACAAGGAAUGGGAGUACAGCACAGCAUCUGAUCUGUCACUUAGUGAUCCUUUUGAGUAUAUUUGA